CGACGCGGUGCCGUGCGUAAAAGACGGUCCAUCUCUAGCUGAAUGUAACCAAUUGGGCAAAUUCGAGUAUAAUGGGAGAUUUAAGCUGGAAAGACUUUCUUAGUCAGGCUAAGCAGUUUCUUGAAAUUUCCCAGCAGUUGGGUGAUAGUUGGAUGCUGGUGGAAAAAGACUCCGAUGAACCCAACACCUUCCUGAAGUUCAGUCAAAAGAUUAAGGACAUUUCAGGGGAGUUGGUUAAUGUGGAGUAUCACGUGGUCUAUAGUAUUUCCUAUCAAGUACCCAUGAUGUUUUUCCAGGCACACAGAUCAGAUGGAAGUCUUCUGGACCUGGAGGCUACUUGGAAACUGUUUAUGCCGGAAACAAAAGCCAACGAACUCUACCAGAUACUUACCCAAAUGGACCAUCCUGUGCUGUUUAGACCUUUCAUGGCACUGCAUCCAUGUCGCACCGCCGAGGUUCUCAAGCAAUUCGGACAGCCCAGUAGUAAUCAGGUCCUAACCUUUAUAAGCCUUUAUGGUCCCCAUAUCAAAUUGAACCUGCAAAAUGCCUACGGCCUAAGCAAAGAUUACACGUAAUUUGGAUUUA